AUGGUUUCUACUCGCUUCGUUACCCUCCUCACGGCCGCGGCCGCCGCUGUCAGCGCCGCCCCGGUUGCAAACCUAGAUCUGCCCGCCGGGGUCCCCGCGCCGCCCUCCAACAUCACCGAGGAGGCCGACCGCAGCCUCCGUAACGGCGAGCUUGUCGUCUUCGGAGCCGCGGGUCGCACCCACAUCGUCACCGAGGACACCUGGAACCUGCUCAUCAAGACCAUGAACAUCCUGCCUGAGCCCCCCGCCGUCGACGAAGAGUGGCUCAACUUCAAGCCCGAUGACUUGAGCGAGAUCCCCCACAACGCCACCGAUCUCGACAAGCGCGACUGCAGCCGCGACAUCCAGCUCAUCAUCGACAAGAACCAGCGCUUUGUCGACUGGGACGUGCAGAUGUCCCCUGUUGUCAUCGGCGCCGGCAGAGCGGGCAUUGACAUCACUAUCGCCAAGUACUGGUCUAUCACCAACAGCGUUAGUGUUAGCGCUGGCGUUGACUUCGGCUUUGUCAAGGACCGUCUCCAGUCCAGCCUUGGCGUCGAUUACACCCGCUCAUGGACCACGCAGCAGGGCUACCUCAUCCGCGGAACUAUUGAUAACGGCUACACCGGCGUUGUCGUCAGCCGUCCUUGGACCAACCGCCGCUACGGACGUACCUACCAGGGAUGCCCCGGCAGCCUCCGCCAGACUGGUACCUUCAUGGCUGACUCCCACGAGGAUGGCUCCUACGAGGGUGUCUCUUGGGUUGGUGGUGCUAUCACUGCUUGCAUCAAGAGACAGAGAGGCCUUCCUCUGACCCGCUGCCAGGGAUCCGGCGAGUUCCGUUAA